AUGGCAUCGAAGAGGGAACUUUUGGCCAUCUUUUUCAUAUCCUUCUCUUCAAUAUUCUUCUCAAUUGCAGCAUCAGAGGUCAACGAAAGCAACAUCACAUGGUGGUGCAACAAAACCCCACAUCCUGAACCAUGCAAACACUUCAUCACCAAAAGCCACAAACAUUUAGGAAUCAAUGACUUGUCAGAAUUCCGAAGCACGAUUAUCGGUGUAGCAAUGGAGCGAGCAAUUGCUGCCAAAGAGCAUGUCAAGCGGCGCGAACCUGACAUCCAAAAUGAGCGCCAGAGAGUUGCAUGGAAUGAUUGCUUGAAACUAUAUGGUAUCACAGUUCUGCAACUAAACCAUACCCUACAAGGCCUAAACGACACAAGCUGUACAGAUUUUGAUGCACAAACAUGGCUCAGCACGGCACUCACCAACAUCAAAACGUGUCGAACGGGGUUUCUUGAACUCAAUGUCUCCCGUUUAAUUAGGCCUAUGAUGGCUAGUAACUUAUCAAAGCUAAUUAGCAACAGCUUGGCCAGUAAUGGAGUCUUUUUAGGCGUUAAAAACAACACAAUUACUAGUUCUGCCCGAUCAUAUCCUAGUUGGUUGUCAGGGCAUGGAAGGAAGCUAUUGCAAUCGCCUCCGCUAGCCUCGAGCUCAAAUCUGGUGGUGGCGAAGGAUGGUUCGGGGCAGUUUAGGACGAUUCAGGCUGCUAUUGAUACGGCCGCUAAGAGAAGUGGAAAUGGGAGGUUCAUUAUAUAUGUGAAGAGAGGUGUCUAUAGAGAGAACAUUGAAGUUGGGAUCAAUAAUAACAAUAUUGUGCUGGUUGGUGAUGGCAUGAAAAAUACUAUCAUCACUAGUAGCAGAAGUGUUGGGGAAGGUUACACAACUUACAGUUCUGCAACUGCUGGUAUAACAGGAGAAGGAUUCAUUGCCAUUGGCAUCACAUUUCGCAACACAGCAGGUCCCCAAAACCACCAGGCCGUCGCCAUGCGUUCUGGCUCGGACUUCUCUGCCUUCUUUCGCUGUGGCUUUGAAGGAUACCAAGACACCCUCUACGUCUUCUCACAGCGCCAAUUCUACAAAGAUUGCCACAUCUAUGGAACUGUAGACAUGAUUUUUGGAAACGCAGCAGCUGUUCUCCAAAACUGCAUUAUCUACGCAAGAAGGCCUUUGAACAAGCAAAAGAACACAAUUACAGCCCAAGGCAGGACAGACCCAAAUCAAAACACGGGCAUUUCAAUCCUUGAAUCUCGUAUUUUGGCUGCAUCAGACCUUAAACCAGUUCUUGGUUCGUUCAAAACUUACUUGGGAAGGCCAUGGAAGCAAUACUCUCAAACAGCUUUUGUGGAAAGUUAUCUUGAUUCGUUAGUUGAUCCUGCUGGCUGGCUAGAAUGGGAUGGUAAUUUUGCUCUAAAUACUUUGUACUAUGGAGAGUAUAAGAAUACUGGUCCAGGGUCUUCAACUGGAGGCAGAGUGAGGUGGCCGGGCUAUCACGUUAUAAAUAGUACGAACGAAGCAUCGAGGUUCACAGUGGCCAAUCUCAUAGCUGGGCAGUCGUGGCUACCAAAAACUGGUGUACCAUUCAGGUCUGGUCUUUGA